CCUUCAAUGCUAAAUGUCAUCCUCUAUUAUGAAUCGUCAAACAGGAAGCAACACUGUUCCUCUGAUACUGGCAGGUGUAAUAAACUAGAGAGAGGACUUUGGACUAAGCUCACAACUUCUACUGAAAUACAACAGCCACAAGACAGAACACGGAAAUACUGAAAACCAACACGUCCACCAGCUAUUGAUCUUCGAACAGACCAUAUAACUUCAGGAGACAUUUCAAACAGAGGUAGGAAACCACACCGGACUUUCUUCAAGUUUGCCUGCUGUGUUUUCAUCUUCACUUGGAAGGACAAUGUCUGCCCAGUCAGAGGACGAUCUCUCCUGUCCAGUCUGCCAGGAUAUUUUCAAAAAUCCUGUCGUCCUGUCGUGCAGCCACAGCUUCUGUAAAGACUGUCUGCAGAGCUGGUGGAGAGAAAGGCCAAUACAGGAGUGUCCAGUUUGUAAGAGAAGAUCAUCAAAGAGUGAUCCACCUCGUAACUUGGCUUUAAAGAACCUGUGUGAGACUUUCUUACUGCAGAGAGAUCAGAGAGCUUCAGCAGGGUCUGAGUCUCUCUGCAGUCUGCACUCUGAGAAACUCAAACUCUUCUGUCUGGACCAUCAGCAGCCAGUGUGUGUCGUGUGUCUGCAUUCAAAAGCACACAGUAAUCACCAAUUCUGUCCCAUUGAUGAAGCUGCACAGGAACGCAAAAAGGAGCUCCAGAAAUCCCUGAAGCCUUUACAAGAGAAACUGAAGCUGUUUGAACAAGUUAAAGGAAACUAUGAUCAAACAGCAGAACACAUUAAGGUCCAGGCCCAACACACAGAGAGGCAGAUUAAGGAGCAGUUUAAGAAGCUUCACCAGUUUCUAGAGGAGGAAGAGGAGGCCAGGAUCACUGCUCUGAGGGAGGAAGAGGAGCAGAAGAGUCGGAUGAUGAAGGAGAAGAUGGAGGCUCUGAGCAGAGAGAUAGCAGCUCUGUCACACACAGUCAGAGCCACAGAGGACGAGCUGAGAGCUGAAGACGUCUCAUUCCUGAAGAACUACAAGGUUACAGUGGGAAGAGACCAGCAGCGCCCCCUGCUGGAUGAUCCACAGCUGGACUCAGGAGCUCUGAUAGACCAGGCCAAACAUCUGGGCAACCUGACCUUCAACAUCUGGAACAAGAUGAAGAAGAUGGUCUCCAACAGUCCUGUGGUUCUGGACCCAAACACUGCUCAUCCAGACCUCAUCCUGUCUGAAGAUCUGACCAGUGUGAGACGUGGAGAGAAACAGCAGCUUCCUGACAAUCCAGAGAGGUUUGAUAACUUCAUUUCCAUCCUGGGCUCUGAGGGUUUUGACUCAGGGACUCACAGCUGGGAUGUUGACGUUGGAGACAGUAAAUUCUGGUUUUUGGGAGUGGCUACAGAGUCUGUGAAGAGGAAAGGAAAAAUACGGUCUGGAAUAUGGAGAAUAGGGUUGUCUAAUGGUAAAUAUAAAGCCUUCUCCCCAUCAGGCCGACCAGUUUUUCUGUCAGUGACGGAGAAGCUUCAGCAGAUCAGAGUUGAGCUUGACUGUUUCUUCAGAGACUUGUCUUUCUCUGAUCUCAAUACUGAUGAGCACAUUUACACCUUCAACUGCAGUGGUGAGAAGAAGUUGUUUCCAUUCAUUGGCAAUAGAGAUGAAUUCCCCAUUCAGAUUUUACCAGAGGAGGAUGAGGAUGAUGACAGCGACAAUGACAGCGAUGAUGAUGGCGAUGAUGAUGAUGAUGAUGAUGAUGAGGACGACGACACUGAUGACAGUUACCAUGACCAAUGUAAAUUACUGAUGAAGAAUAUAAGGAGAUUAAUGUCUUGAGGAAAUAUGAAAACAUUUCCAACAUACAGAUGAUCCUGUAUAAAACUGAGUAAGAGACACUUUAUUUUGGUGAUUCAGGAACUGAUAUGACAAAAUAUCUUAUAUUUUAAUUUGCUCUUUAUUUUAUAC